UUCGCGGGCGCCUCCGGCCUGGUGCUGGUGCUGGUGCUUGUCCGCACAUGGCGCUCCGCGUCGGCGACGCCGUCCGAAUCUUCGGCCUGGUUUCCGAAGAAGGUCGCAAGAUAAACGGAUGCGAGGCGACGGUCCUCUUACCCGGAGAUCGGUGCCAUGUCAAGCUGAAGAGCGGCGUCAAAAAAUCUGUGCGAGAGAGCAAUCUGGUUGCAACCGGUGAGUACGACUCAGACGACGGGUGGAACGUUACGUGUGUCGCAAAGCGGCCAAGGCUGCCGGGGAGUGGAGGCGGCUCCCUCGCGACAACCUCCACGCCCGCGGCCGCCGUGCAGCGCGGGUUCUCCACAUCGCAGGUCUUCCUGGCGCUCACGCGCCGGUUCCCGCUCGUCGGCCGCUACCCGGAGAUUGUGGACGCGCUGCGCGAGCUCGAGAGGUACGAGAUUGCCUGCCAGGGCGACGACCACGCCGACCGAGAGUUCCAGCGGUGCAACAGUGAGGCGCUCGAGUAUGCGCGCGCUGCGGCGGUGGUGUGUGGGCUCGAGUGGUCGCUGGGUGAGGAGAUUGGGCGCAGCGGCCGCGCCGGCGCCGUCGCCUUGCUGGAGAAGGAGCCGUACAUCGGCAAGUUCCGCGCCGGCCAGAUUGUCGACUUGUUCCAGACAGGGACGUGCGCCGCCCUCACAGCGUUCCGGAGCGGCGAUGCCCCAAUUAGCUCCAAGGGCGUCCUGCGCUUUGAGAACGAGGCGAGGCGCAGCAUGCGUCACGCGCCCGAGAAGCGCGCACUCAACCGCGUGGUCGGCAUCAGCCACAUGUGUGCGAUCGAUCUCGCAGGCGGCACGCACCGAUCGCUCGACAAACUCAGGCGCGAGACGGGUGCCGCGCCGCGGCACGUCCGCUCCGUCGAGGAGCUGAGGAGGUGGCCAGGGCUCGUGCAGAGGCUGCCUCGAUCGACGGCCCUCGCGCACUCGCUGAGCGUGCACGACGAGCUGCAGGAGCCCGUCCCGCUCGCCGAGGCGCUGGAGAUGCGGAGUGCGGUGGAGGCGGCCGCGCGGCGAGCGAGCAAGAGCGGGAGCGACUGCCCGCCUCCCAGGGAGGGAGAGCCGCUCUGCUCCUGCUGCUGGCACGCCGAGCACCACAAGGAGCCUGCCAGCUGGGGCGACGGCAAGGAGGAGUGCCUUCUCCUCCCGCUUGUCGAGGAGCUGCAGCAGCAGCGGCGGAUGCUUCGGCGCGAGGAAGCCUUCUUCCACCUCGUGCGGACUGCCCACCGCGCCAAGGGGGCGGGGAAGCCGCCCGCUGAGGCCGCGUGCGGCGGCGCUGGCGCGGCGGGAGAGGAGGGCGGCCUCGAUCCGUCGAUUUGA